GUCGAGGAGGCGCAUGUUAACACACCAUGCGCACGUUAAAUCCUGUCUUUGCCCUCUCUCUGUAGCGAAACAAAAAAAAGAAAAUUGAUCAACCUAGAUAAAAUAGCAGAAGAGAAGAAGCUGUGAGAGGAAAAAAAAAAAAAUUGAAGACAAAAACCGCCAUUGAAAUGAUGAAGCAAAGCUCAUCGGAGGCAGUGUCAUCGUCUUCUUCAUCAGCCGCCGCGGACCAAUCUCAUCCCUCCGUUUCAUCAUCAUCAUCGGAGAAGCCUCUAUCUUCCUCUUCGAUUUCUCCAGCGGAGGAUCUUCAGGUUGGAUCGUCGAGAGAUGGAAGCGGAGGUGCACAAGAGAUCGUAGCCGUCGAUCGUCCAGGAGAGUACUCGGCGUUGUGUAGAUGGACGGUUGAGAGCUUCACACGUGUCAAAGCUAAGGCACUGUGGAGCAAGUACUUCGAUGUAGGAGGAUACGAUUGUCGUCUCUUGGUUUAUCCUAGAGGUGAUUCUCAGGCUCUUCCUGGUUACAUCAGCAUCUAUCUUCAGAUCAUGGACCCUAGAGGAACCACUUCGUCUCGUUGGGAUUGUUUCGCUAGCUAUCGUCUCUCUAUCGUUAAUCUUGUCGAUGAUUCUUUAACAAUCCAUAAGGAUUCUUGGCAUAGAUUCUCUAGUAAGAAGAAAUCUCAUGGAUGGUGUGAUUUCACCUUGAACUCUAGCAUUUUGGAUCCUAAGAUGGGUUUUUUGUUUAACAAUGAUUCGUUGCUUAUCACUGCUGAUAUCUUGAUUCUAAACGAGUCUGUGAGCUUUAGUCGUGAUAAUAACAAUGAGGGGCAAUCUUUGUAUAAGGAAAAUUCCAUAGCUGGACCAAUGCCGGAUGUGUUGAGUGGGAAGUUCACUUGGAAGGUAAAUAAUUUUAGUUUGUUUAAGGAUAUGAUAAAGACGCAGAAGAUUAUGAGCCCUGUUUUCCCAGCUGGGGAGUGUAAUUUGAGGAUCAGUGUGUACCAGAGUGUUGUUAAUUCGCAAGAAUAUAUAUCAAUGUGUUUGGAGAGUAAAGAGACUGAGAAGACUUUGGUUUCAGAUAGGAGCUGUUGGUGUUUGUUUAGGAUGUCAGCUUUGAAUCAGAAGCCUGGUUGCACUCACAUGCAUAGGGAUUCAUAUGGCAGGUUUGCUGCUGAUAAUAAGAGUGGGGACAAUACGAGCUUGGGCUGGAAUGAUUACAUGAAAAUGUCUGAGUUUGUGAACCCGGAAGCUGGGUUUUUACUCGAUGAUAUGGCUGUCUUUAGCACUUCGUUUCAUGUUAUUAAAGAGUUCAGUAGCUUUACUAAGAAUGGUGGGUUGAUUGGGGGAAGGAAUGGGGCUGGAGCUAGGAAGUCAGAUGGACACAUGGGAAAAUUCACUUGGAGAAUUGAAAAUUUCACAAGGUUAAAGGAUCUUCUAAAGAAGAGGAAGAUAACAGGUCUUUGCAUCAAAAGUAAGAGGUUUCAAAUUGGGAACCGGGAUUGUCGACUUAUUGUUUAUCCCCGAGGGCAGUCCCAGCCACCAUGCCAUCUUUCAGUAUUUCUUGAAGUGACAGAUUCACGAAGCUCAAGUGAUUGGAGCUGUUUUGUUAGCCACCGACUAUCAGUUGUGAACCAGAGAUUGGAGGAGAAGUCGGUGACAAAAGAAUCUCAGAAUCGCUACUCGAAAGCUGCAAAGGAUUGGGGUUGGCGUGAGUUUGUGACACUUACUAGUUUGUUUGAUCAAGACUCUGGCUUUCUUGUUCAAGACACUGUUGUUUUCUCCGCUGAGGUUCUUAUUUUGAAAGAGACAUCUGCUACAAAAGAGUAUGUGGAGGCAGACUCAACUAAUUCAGUUUCUCCGACUGAUAACAGCGUCAAAAAAAGUUCAUUUACUUGGAAAGUGGAAAAUUUCUUAGCCUUCAAAGAGAUAAUGGAAACACGAAAGAUUUUUAGCAAAUUCUUUCAGGCUGGUGGAUGUGAACUCCGGAUUGGUGUAUAUGAGUCCUUUGACACCAUAUGCAUAUAUUUAGAGAGUGAUCAAUCUGCGGGUACAGAUGUGGACAAUAAUUUCUGGGUUAAGUACAAGAUGGGUAUUCUGAACCAAAAGAAUCCGGCCAAAAGUGUGUGGAAGGAGUCAUCUAUAUGUACCAAGACAUGGAAUAAUUCCGUUCUACAGUUUAUGAAGGUGUCUGACAUGUUGGAGGCUGAUGCUGGGUUUCUUGUGCGUGACACAGUUGUGUUUGUGUGUGAAAUAUUGGAUUGUUGUCCUUGGUUUGAGUUUUCAGACCUAGAGGUACUGGCUUCAGAUGAUGACCAAGAUGCCUUAACCACUGAUCCUGAUGAAAUUAUUGAUUCUGAGGAAAGUGAGGGCAUAAGCGGAGAUGAGGAAGACACAUUUCGAGAUUUUCUUUCCCGAGCUGGAUUCCAUCUCACGUUUGGGGAGAAUCCUUCACAACCACAAGUUACUCUCCGUGAGAAGCUUCUAAUGGAUGCGGGUGCAAUUGCUGGGUUUCUUACUGGCUUGCGUGUAUAUCUUGAUGACCCAACUAAAGUAAAGCGUUUACUUCUUCCGACUAAAAUAUCUUGUAAUGAUAGAAGCAAGCUAAUAAAGAGUGAUGAAUCUUCCCCUAGCCUAAUGAAUUUGCUGAUGGGUGUUAAAGUUCUACAGCAAGCCAUUAUUGAUUUACUUCUAGAUAUUAUGGUUGAGUGUUGCCAACCUUCAGAGGAAGGCUCUCACUCUGAGCCGUCUUUAUUAUCCCCAAAGACAGAUGGUUGCGUGGCUGCAACUUCAUCGGAGUCAACAAGGGAACGAGGAGCAGCAGAACCUUCGCAACAUCUUGUUGACGAAAGAUUUAAAUCUGAUACAGAUGCUACCCUCAGUACCUCAGCUGUACCAAGCUCAGAGAUGAAUGGGAUCGAUUUGCUUGAGAAAGCCCUUGCAAUAGAGCCUAUGUCUCCUCCUACCACAUCUGCUGGGCAAUCUUCUGAUGCUUCAGUCCAAUCAAAGACAAAAUGGCCGGAACAGUCUGAGGAGCUAUUGGGACUGAUUGUGAAUUCACUUAAAACCCUUGAUGCGGCUGUUCCACAAGGUUGUCCAGAGCCUAGACGACGACCACACUCUGCUCAAAAGAUUGCUCUUGUUUUAGACAGAGCACCCAAACAUUUGCAACCAGAUUUAGUUAGUCUGGUUCCCAAAUUGGUUGAGCAUUCAGAGCACCCACUGGCUGCUUUAGCACUUAUAGAACGGCUUCAAAAGCCUGAAGCUGAACCAGCGUUGCGUGAACCAGUAUACAAUGCUCUUAGCCAGUUAGAAUGCGACAGUGAAGUGUGGGAGGACAUUCUAUCUCAGUCUUUUGAGCUUUUGAGCGACUUAAAUGAGGAAUCUCUUGUGGCGGCCAUUCAUUUCACAUUUAAGACUGCCUCCCAGUGCCAACACCUACCUGAAGCCGUAAAUGCAGUCCGUGAACGGCUUAAAAGUCUGGGUGCUGAUGUGUCUCUUUGUGUCCUUGACUAUUUGAGUAAAACCGUACACAGUUGGCCUGGUAUUGCCGAAAUGAUACUUAGGGAUAUCAACACUGACGACAGUGUAGGUGCCAAUUUUGCAACAUUACCCUGCGGGCCUUUUCUGAUUGGUGAAAAUGAGACUGCCUCCGAAAUGGCGGAUUUGAUGGAAGAACAUAUAUUCUAUGCAAAUAGGCAGUUUUUUGAUGUCUACAUUCUGCUGGAAAUGUUGUCCAUAUCGUGCCUAGCUGAAGAGGCAUCUCAAACAUUUGAAAGAGCUGUUGCUCGUGGAGCCAUUGUUGCUCAGGCUGUUGCCAUGGUCCUUGAAAAACAACGUGUUCAGAGCCCAAAUCUGAAUGCUACAAGUGGGGAUGCUUCUCUUAAGCAUCAAGAUCCUGUAUUGGAGGGAGAAGCCAGUGAGCAACCAGCCACUGGAGGGACUGAGUUCAGGAUAAUCCUUAAUCUUGCUGAGACAUUAACUCAUUCUAGAGAUCCUCAAGUGAGGGGAUUUGUGAAAAUGCUAUACACAAUAUUAUUCAAGUGGUUUCCGGAUCAGCCCUUUAGGGUUCAAAUACUGAGGAGACUCGUAGACAGAUUCACCAGCCCUACGAGUAGCAGCCACGAUUUAGACUUAGAGUUGGAGAUUCUAGCUAUUCUGAUUUUUCAGGAGCAAGAGGUUGCGAGACCUGUUUUAGCCAUGCUGAAGAAGGUUGUGGAACAUGCAAAUAUUGACAGGGCGGCCCUGUGGCACCAAUUGCGUGCAAACAAGGAAGAACUUGUCCGGUUGAAGGAAGAAAAGAAGAUAGAGAUUCAAUCUAUGACAAAGGAGAAAUCUAGCAUCACCCAAAAAUUAAGUGAAUCUGAGGCUGCAAAUACCCGUCUUAAGGUAUGUGCUUACCUUCAUAUAAUCUGCUCCAAGAGUGAUGAUGCUGAAGGUUAUUGGUGUUCUGUGAUCAUAUUGCUUGCUAAUACUGUGUAUCAAAUGGCAGUCUGAAAUGAAAGCUGAGGCGGACCGGUUUUCUCGAGAAAAGAAGGAUCUGGUAGAACAGUUUAGGGAUGUGGAGAGUCAGCUGGAAUGGAUCCGAUCAGAACGUCAAGAUGAGAUAGAUAAGCUCUCGUCUGAAAAGAAAACUCUUUUGGAUCGCCUUCACGAAGCAGAGACGCAACUUGCUUUGCAAAAAACCCGAAAGCGUGAUGAACUCAAGAAGGUAGGAAAAGAGAAAAAUGCUCUAACCGAGAAGCUAAAGGUAACAGAGGCAGCUCGGAAAAGAUUUGAAGAAGAGUUGAAACGGUAUGCCACUGAGAAUGUAACUCGGGAGGAAUUACGCAAGUCACUUGAGGAUCAAAUCAGGCAAUUGACACAGACAGUAGGACAGACAAAAGAAGAGAAACGAGAGAAAGAAGAUCAGAUUGCUCGGUGUGAAGCUUACAUUGAUGGAAUGGAAUCCAAACUCCAAGCUUGCCAGCAAUACAUCCACACACUAGAAUCCUCGCUCCGAGAGGAGAUUUCAAGACAUGCGCCUCUGUACGGUGCCAAUUUAGAGUCUCUAUCGAUGAAGGAACUGGAUACAAUAGCUCGUAUCCAUGAGGAAGGGCUAAGACAGAUCCAUGCCCUUCAACAACGUAAGGGCCAUACAUUAUCACACGGUCUCCCUCAGGGUCACACACUUUACCCGACUACACCGCCUCAGCUUCCACCAAUGGCAAUCGGUUUGCCACCUCAGCUUAUACCUAAUGGUUCAGGGGUUCACUCAAACGGUCAUAUCAACGGUUCGGUCAGGCCUUGGUUUAGUCACCACACCUAAAAAAAUACAUCUUUUUUUUCAUAGGAAGACUACACAAAAGAAUGAUGGUCUCUUGAGUUUGUGAGGUAAAUCAAUCAAUCGAUCAACAUCAUCAAUGUUUAAUUUUCCAUAUAUAUUUAUUUUUCUCUGAGAUUUUCCGAGGGGUUUUUGGCUGCUAGAACCAUUGGGGGGUCAAAGUAGAAGAUUAAUAAAAAUAGAGGGGAUACAGAUGCACAAAUUUCAUUGUGAAAGAAAAAAAGAAAUGUUGUAAAAGGCUAAAAAGCUGUUAUGUCGAAUGGAACUAACAGUUGCAAAGAGUACCUUAAUGCAUCUUCUAUUUUUGGCUCAUG